AUGAAUCAUAUCUUUCACACUAAAAGUUUCUCCUUAUCCUCAAAUCAGUUUGUUUCUUGCUAUAUUUUUUUUACUUGA